AUGUCGUGGCUGGAUGUCUUCGUCGAGACUUGGCUGCUCCUUUUCAGAUUAAACACAAGAGCCUAUAUUUACGUAUGUAUCAGAGCUCGACCAUACACCUCGGUAGUCCGUCUCCAAGUGUCUCUGGGUCUCGCCCACCUAUGUACAUAUAUCAUAACAGCAUCGUUUCUGUGUACCAUUUUUCAAGCUUGUCUAAAGAAGUCUUUUAUUCCUGUGCAAUGGAGAAUUGCAUCAGAAGUUUAUAAACCUAAAAACAACACACCUUGUCCAUCCAACAUAAAGGAUUUUCGCCCCAUAGCUCUUCUGAAUGUUAAAGGAAAGCUCUUUUUUAGUUUGAUUUCCAAGCGGUUAGAAUCGCAUAUUAUAAAGAAAAACAACUUCAUUAAUACUUCCAUUCAAAAAGUUUGUAUGGAAGAAGUUCCGGUUUGCUGGGAACACAUGUCUAUUGUUUGGUCCACACGUAAGAAUGCGAAGGCACAACAUUCUUCACCUUCAGCCACAUGGCUUGAUAUUGCUAAUGCGUACCCUUCAGUUCCGCACAAGCUGAUUUUUAUGUCUCUCAAACGCUAUGGUGUACCAGAAUCAUGGAUAAGGCUCAUACAGCUAUACUACGACAGCCUGUGGAGUAAGUCUUUUUCGGCUUCUGCUCCUUCCAGUUGGCAUCAACACUGUAGGGGAGUUUUAUCGGCUGUACACUUUCCAUUAUACUAUUUCUUGCAGUUAUAAACGUUAUUCUUGAGUAUGUGUGUGUUACCCCCAGCCUUAUUGAUACUGAAGGCACAACAUUCUUCACUUUCAGCCAUAUGGCUUGAUAUUGCUAAUGCGUACCCUUCAGUUCCGCACAAGCUGAUUUUUAUGGCUCUCAGACGCUAUGGUGUACCGAAUCCUGGAUAGGGCUCAUACAGCUAUACUACGACAGCCUGUGGAGUAAGUCUUUUUCGGCUUCUGCUCCAUCCAGUUAGCAUCAAAACUGUAGGGGAAUUUUUAUCGGGUGUACACUUUCCAUUAUACUAUUUCUUGCAGCUAUAAACGUUAUUAUUGAAUAUUUGUUUCUUACCCCUGAGCCUUAUUGAUACUGAAGGUAAUAAAAACAAAAUCCCAGACCAACCCCUUAAUAAAAGCUUUUAUGGGUGAUAUAUUCUUAAUGUCCCCGUCAAUUCCAAGUACUCAAAAUUUAUUAAACAGGUGUACAACAGCUCUUCCCUCUCCAACCAAUCUUGUGAGAUAGGGAUUUGAGAAAGACAAAAGUUGCAUUCUGUGCAAGAAACCAUCCUC